GUUGGUCUAAACUGCAGUAUGAACACAUUCUGAAGUUAUGUACAGUUCCUUCUUCUGGAUGAAUGAUGGUGGAAUCUGAGACAGGGAUUUCUGUUCUGCUAUUUCAAGGACGAAUCAGCCAAGUGUCCAACACAAAUCAUGGCUUGGUUAGGAAAAGUUUUACUGAAAUUAAUUGAAGUUACAUGAGGAUAUUUAUUAUGAAAAGGUGUUAACUCCUUCAAGCUGGCACAAAGUAAAAGUUCUGAUUAUGCCUUUCUUCAGCAAUGGAACCAGCAAAGAUUGGUUAGAAAGAGCAAACAAUCCAACAGAGGGUGUCAUAUGGAAUUACAGCUUUACUCCUGACCCAGACACAGACCCUACUUUCUCUGCCUGCACAUUUUGCUGUUGCAGUGUUACCAGCAGGACUCUGGUGAUAGUUUUUAUGGUGACACUUACGUGUGCGAUUGUUAUUGGGAAUGCAGUUACAUUAAGUGUUUUUAUAAGAACCCGUCAGUUCCGGACACCACAAGGCUAUCUUAAAGUGUCCCUGGCUCUCGCUGACAUCAUCAUUGGCGUUGUUGUAGUUCCAUUCUCUGUUUACACUGAGAUCACUCUCAUGGUCAACAGCGUGGCUCCCCCUUUGUGGUACAAGGAGCCUCAUCCCAUCACUCCAGGGCCGAAAGAAGACAUGUGGCAGCCAUGUAAGGUUAUUGGUCCUGUCUUUGCUGGUUGUACUUUUGUAUCAAUUAGCACCAUCUUCCUUAUGACAAUGGAACGUUGUGUGGCGAUCCUGAAGCCGUUGCAUAAAGAUGUCAUGGUGACCCGCCGUAGGUCUCUUGAGCUCAUUGUACUGUCCUGGAUCUUUAGCUUUAUGCUGGCAAUUACUCCACUGAUUUUAAGUACAGGCUUCACUCUGGAGUAUAAUAAGUGCAGUCGGAUGUGCAACUAUGCCAUGCUAACUGACAAUGUAGCAGCGUUUAAUAUUUUGCUUCUGUUUCCUGCCUUUGACUUCACUUUGUUGUGUGCCACUGUAGUUAUCAACAUUCUUUCCUUCAGUACUAUCAGACGCUAUUCCAGGAAACGCAAGUCUCUGGCUGGGAAUGACAGCUUGAGUGGUAUGCAACAUCCAUCUUUUUCAGACAUCAAGGCAGCCAAGACUAUCAGCAUUUUAACCUUUGCCUUCACAGCUUCCUUCACUCCUAUUGCUGCUUUUGUUGUAGGCAAUGUCCUCGGCUAUGAGUGGUGUAGUUUCUCCUUUUUUGCCUUCUGGAUACUCACAGCCAACAGUUGCUGCAAUGUAAUUAUAUAUAGUGUCAGAGACCAAAGGUUCAGGAAAGGUGUGCAGUCACUGAUCCUGUGUAACCAUCCCCUGCCUUCUGAAAAAAGCUAAUUUGUAACAUUGCAGUCUAACUGGGACAUUGUUUCUACAGGCAAAUGGAAUAAAUGACAGUUUUGUAUCCAGAAUCACCCAUUCAUAAGAGAGUGAACAACAUUAGUAACUGGUAUUAGAAUUAUUCUGUUAGCCUGGACGCAGUUACAAAACAUACUGAUCCUCAGUGUUAAAUGCUCCCUUUCUUUCUCCCGUCUAACUAUGACACAAUAGUCUUUAAAGCUGCAUAACUCAUACAGCCCUGUUUAGUUUUUUUU